AUGAUAAAAUUCAUAUCAUUAAAUCACAUUUGUGAAAGCGUUAGCACUAAGGCACAGAAGACCAAGAAUAUUAUUUAUAAAUUGGCAAAUCUUAUUUAUUUUGACGAGGUACGCGAAGAGAUUUACCAGUUUGUUUUGCAAAUAUCCUUACGGCCCUUGAAGUUUAGCGGUUUGGGUCUAUUUUAUUAUGGCUAUGGAUUUAUUCGUAAGUUCUUCGUUUGGAUUCUCACCGCUCUUAUUUUUAUGGCGCAAUUGGAUUUUGCUCCUACAUGGAUCUAA